AUGGCCCCCGGCAAGACAGCCCCACGGCUACUCCAAGAUCUCUUCACAUACGACCCGCGACACGAGGAACGCGCUGGCCGCAACCUGUUGACGAGUGCGCCGCCGCAACAUGACACACAGGCACCAGCCGUCCCUGCCGUACCCUACAGGAACUGCCGACACAACUUGCUCGUCAAGCAAGAGCAGUCGCUUGGUCUUGCCCCAGACGGCGAGUUAGGCCUGGAAUCUGCCUACCGUAUUGCUUCAUACUGUUCAACUUGUCGCUGGCAUGUCGACGUGCUUGUCCAGCACCAAUCUGGCACUGCCAAUAUAAAAUCUUGUGGAAAGGGCAAUCAAGAAUAUGCUUUGCACCAUUUCCUCUACCAUGGCGAAGACGAUUCGAACGGCAGCGACAGGCUCGACGCCCAGCUACGACCACGCACCUACACCUUCCGCUGCUCCGCCCCAGAAUGCGCCGUCGAAGUUCGGAUAAGCCUGAGGCCGCCUCGCUUCUCCGACCAGGACAUUGAUACCCUGACAAACCAGGCCCAGUUGAGGAGGCGAUUGGAGGCGGCGAAGCGCAUUGCUGGCGACCGAGCCGACACAGUCAUGGCACGUAGGGUUGAUGGCCCUGACUAUCUCAACACAUACCUGCAGGAUUCCCUCAACCCAACCAAGGGCAAAGCACGGAUACCCUUGCUGAACAAGAAAUUUCUCAAGACGUUUGGUAGGGACUGCGACUUGAUUCUCAAGCGUUUGGGGUUCGAAAACCGUCAAGAAGAAGACGAAGACGGCACCCUUGUUGAAGUCUGGUACCUCCCUAAGCCGGAGGAGCCCGCCACCACGGGGACAACACUACGCGAAACUAUCGAGGAUGCUCGCUAUGAACUUAACUCCAUCAUACUUGACAUUCCUCAGAGUGAACGUGUGAACUGCAGACACCAACCGUUUGAUUGUAAUCCAGCAAGACCCUAUCUUGAACAGGCACUAGCAUGCGCAGAUUAUGCCAAGGCUCAGGGACGGGAGACACGCAACACAAACCACGAAGAGGAUCAUCCCUACUACGCUAGUCUAGGUGCAGUUGGUGACUUUGACGACGCCUUGAUUCUCUUCGCCUUCUCCCGACAAUGUGCUUUGGACAUUGAAAACAAGAGUUACUAUUUUGAAUGCUUACAGGAUCUGGCAGCUGGUCGCAAAAGUGAGGUGCUUGGCAUGCAGGUUGCUAUGCUGGCCUCGAAGGGAGUUACUACUAAACGGGAGACAGAGCGCGCAUACCAGUAUUUCGGUAUCGACCCGACCCACGCAGGCGUCAUUAGCGACGACCACAUUAUAGGCUGCUUUAGAUCAAGGCUAUCAGAUAUUAGCCUUAUACAGGCCGAGGAGGCGAGAAAGCAACUGCGAGUUCUAGGCGAUGUGCGCGAUAGUGACAGGAUACGAGCCGAAGCGUCUGGUUCCAUCGAAACAUACGAGCAAGCCAUGGCAUGGUUCGAGCUCGAGCACGGCGCGGCUGACGACUUUGUCCAGACCAUGUAUUCGUUAAAGACUCAAGAUAACCCUGCAGAGGUGGAAACUGCGCAAAAGGCAUUGCGUGUGAUAGCAGAGCAUCGGCAGAGCGAACGACUACGCAAUUUCCUCAAGUUCGGGACCAUCAGCGAGCCUGAGAUGGAUCUAGGCGACGCAUAUGCUGCCUUCAACGUAGCUGACAGGAGCGUGGCGCUCGAUCCAGCCGUUUUGGAGUCCGUGCUCAGCACCUACGACAUCGGUUCGAAUGAAAGGGAAAGGAUGGAGAGAGCUUGUGCCCUCAUCCAACAAGAUCAGUCUCAGAGGUUUGAUAACCAACCGUCGAACUCUAGCAUGCCAGUGAUGCGGCGUAACAACUAUCCUCUUGAGACGUGGCCAGUGGGUCUUCGCAAUAUCGGCAACACAUGCUACCUCAACAGUGUACUUCAGUUCCUCUUCACCAUCAAGCCACUAAGAGAACUCAUUCUUAACUGUGAGCAUCACAUGCAAGACAUCUCACCAGAAGCUCUAAAGGACAAGAAAGUCGGUCGCAUCGCUGUCACAGCGGAGAGGGUGGUGACAGCGCAAAAAUUCUACGGCCCCAUGCUACCACCUGCUGCUGAGCUAUUCACACCUGCUGAUGUUCCUGCGGGUUCUCUUAUCAGCGUUGAUGACACCAGCCCGGCCGACUCGGAUAUGAAGGACGGCGAUGCAGAGCCCAUCACUCCUGCAGACUCAGUCAUGGACGACGAUACCACUGCGCGGGACCAUGAUUCAACGAAACAGUCGAAACCAGAUGAUAGUGAUAUGCCUGCUCCACCGACCCGGCCCCCGCCGGUUCCACCACGAGCGGACCCCAAGCCAGCCAUCAAACCAGCUGUACCGUCCAGCACUAAGAUCGGCAGGAUUGAGGAGAGCGCUCGACAGCAAGAUGCGGCCGAAGUAAUGGCCAACAUAUUUGAUCUCAUACGUUGCGCAAUUACGGGCGACACCAUCCUACGGGAAGGCGAGCAAGGAGAUGCUAUCAAGGACCUGUUCUUUGGAGAAGUCACGACGGUCAUGGAGAAACCAGGAGGAACAGAGAAAGCCCAUGAAUUCCGAGAUCAUUUCCUUGUCGCUACUGGUCGGCGCGAUCGCUCACUCUACGCUACACUAGACGAAGAUUUUGGCCUGAGCGAGAUAGAGGGCGGUGGCGGUUCGAGAUAUGACUAUGUCGAGCGCCCCGCACCCAUCCAGAUCAUCAACGUGAAGCGAUUGCAGUUCGAAAAAGGCGAGGCUAUAUAUGACCGUUCUCACGUCGGUCUCGAAAAGGUCAUGUAUCUCGACCGGUAUCUUGCACAGACGCCUACCCUAAGCGAGGAUCAGUUGCUAGACCUUCGUAAGACGCAAUGGGCAAAGCAAAAGCAACUACGGGGGCUUGAGGCGAAGAGGACAAAGCUUCAGACAACGGGACUCGAGGGCAUGAAUCUCCCCGAGUGUCUUGAGGCCACUAGCGACUAUAUUAACAGCCUGAUGACAGAAAAAUCAGAAGAACAAAGUCACGAGGCAGCAACAUUAAUCUCUCUCCCGACACCACCUCCCGAACUAUCCGACACCCUCCAGAACAGCGCUGUGGACCUUGCCAUCGAACUCUCCGGCAUCGACGCCCAAAUCAGCAGCCUAGAAUCAGAGAUCGACAACGUCUUCCGCGAUUGCAACUCUGUCCCUUACCGUCUCCACGCCAUCUUCACGCACCGUGGCGACGUCAAGGGCGGCCACUACUGGAUCUACAUUUACGACUUCCAGAGCAACGAAUGGCGCAGCUACAACGACGAGAGCGUGGAAAAAGUGGUAGACGAAGGCGAAGUACUAAACAAGGAGGACAAGAUCCGCCCCAAAGUCAGCGCUGGCGUCGUCUACGUAAGGGCCGAUCUAGCGGAACAGUACACACAGGCCGUAUGCAGGAAACCCGAGCGCACCGACCAUGAAGAACCCAAGCCAGAUAUCGAAAUGCAGGAUUUCCUCGUUGAUUCAGAUGACGAGAUGCCGGCUUUGGAACCUGUGGAUAUGGCCAACAUUCCGGUCAUUGAAGGCGUGGAGAAGGCCUCCUGCCUUGUGGCCACGAUGCACGUUGGGGAGAAGAGGAGUGGCUCGGGUAUGGAGUCGCCACCUAAGAGGAACAAGGGCGUUGAGUGA